AUGGGUGUUGAAGUAGCAAGCGAGAUGGCAGAAGAUGGAGUUGAAUUUCUUGCUCGGCCAAGUUGGUUCGUCUGCGAUGUCAUCAAUGUCACAAUCGACUGGAUCCUGGACCUCAUGCAUACCUACUCCCUCACGGCGCUUGCUGACCGGCAGCCCUUGGCUGCUUGCUUGGUGAAGUAUGUACUGAUCAUCAUGAAGUUCGCGGCCAGGCUUGUGAGGUUUCUGAAGAUGAACAAGACCACUGACAGCUUGAAGCGGCGCCUUAUCUCGGAGACGCUCAUCGCAAAGGCCAACAUCUUCCAGCUUUCAUGCCAAGUCCUCCUCAUCCAGCAUGUGAUGGCCUGUGCAUGGUAUUCCAUUGGCGAUGCCGAUGAAGUGGGAUGGGUCCACAUGCACAAGCUCAACUUCGAAAGUCCGGAGUACAGGUACGCUACCUCGCUGCAUUGGAUGUUUUGCCAGCUUGGCUUCGGCUCCACCAACAUCGAGGCUGCGACCUUUGUUGAGCGCGUGUUUGGCAUCCUCACGGCGUUUAUGGCCCUUGUAGUUUUCUCCACUAUAUUGGGAGCCAUCACAACAAGGACCACGCAGCUCAACAGAGCGGCUGAGGACAGGAGAAACCAGUUUCGCCAGCUGAGGAAGUAUUUGCUGCAGCACCGGGUCAAUGAUGAGCUCUGCCUUAGAAUCACGGGAUUCCUGGAGAAUGCCUUCAACGUCAGACAGGCGGCUGUUCUGGAGUCGCAGGUGGAGCUCUUGGGAUAUUUGUCAAAGCCCCUUACAGCCGAACUGCAGUAUGCCAAGUUCGAGAGCUGUCUCAAGGAGCUGAUCCUGAUCAAGCCGAACUGCAGCCCAGAACCUUACGACCUCCUUACCCGGCAGGUCAUGAAGAAUUUGGCCAACGACGCGCUGAUGCAUUGCACCUUUGCGCCCGCAGAUUCCGUGUUCGAAGCGGAGACUGUGGCCUCUGUCGCCUACUUUCUGAACAGCGGUUCCCUCAAAUACGUCCUGAACGGUCGUGAGGCAAGAGUUGUCGACAACCGAUGGCUAGUGGAGAUGUGCCUGUGGACUCCCUGGAACCACCUCGGGGAAUUGACCACCGAGGAUGCAACCGAGCUGGUGUUGCUUCAGGUUGAGCGCUUUGCGUCGUGCGUGCGGAAGACCGGGAAAGGACACGGCGUAGCUCGGACAAUUGCACGACACGUGGUGGAGUCCAUGAAUAAUCUGGAGGUUCUCACUGACCUCUGGCAAUGUCCUCUGCAACAUGUAUCUGAGUCCUCGCAACGAAAUGGCCGAGGAUUCUUCCAGAAGCUGAUGUCGGCGGAUCUUUCACCAGUCGUCCCCUUGCAGUCCCUUCAGUGA